AUGGCCGAUUCAACACCCACAGUCGUUUUCCUCAAACAGUCUUUUCUCAACGCACAAACGCGUCUCCUCUCACAACCACUCGCUCCGUCCCGCACCUGGCGCAACGCCAACAGCAAUGGCGAGGAUAAUGCAUCCCCUCUCCCAGAUAAGGCCAUUGAUGAUGCGCUUUUCAAACUAAAUAACCGUCUGCAACAGCAUGCACGUCGUGUGUACCCUCCACAAGCAACGCGUCAUGUUGCAGAGCAGAUUGACGCGUUGUAUUGGAACGCCGCUGAGGCUGCCACUAGAGGUGGGGAGGAUGACGAAGGUGGUGACUUGGACGAGGGAAUUGAGAAAUCUUUGAGAAAAGGGGCUGAUUUUGCCGACCCAUCCGUCAUUGCCACCCUCCCCCUUACCUGGGAAGCUCCCACGCAGGAGGAGGAAGCUGAUGAAGAAGCCAUCGCCCGCUAUGCAGACCUUGCCGCGCAGCUCCACGAGCUUGCCAAACGCAAGACGGAUGCUCUGGCUCGCGUGGAGCGGCUGAGGAGAAUGCAGACUUUGCUUGCCCCCUUUGAUGCAACAUCUCCCUCAAAUAAUGAGUCAACUGGAAGUAUGGAUGGCGUGCAAGAGAACCUUGUUACUCGUAACGGCGAGAUUGAGACUGAGCUCGCUCGCAUGCGGAUGCUGCUUGCAAGAGUGGCCGGAAGGAUUCCGAGAUUGAAGGAGAGGAGAGGGGAUCAGGAAGAGGAAGAUGAAGCGGGUGUUGAUGUUGAGAUGGAGGAGCAGAAGAAGAUUGGGGCUUUGUUAGACAAGUUCUAA